UCAUUCAAGAAGCACAACUGAUUGUAAGAUUUGAAAUCUGACUUGUAGAUCAAAAACCCACUUGAAGUAGGAAAAAUAGAAUUUAAUAAAAAAAUCCAAUAUUGAUUUCAGAAAACGAUGAAUGUAGAAACACAACAAACAAUUGAUAUGAGAUCCAGAAACAAAAACCAAAAGGUGCGUGGAUGCUUGGAUUUUGAAUGGAGAAAAUAGGACUACUAGAGAGUAGUCAGGAUGAAGAUGAUUGCCAGAAUUCGGCCAUGGCUAGGUCUUGAGAAAACAAAAAGAAAAUAGAAGAUGGGAGAAAUAGAAGGGUCGAGAUGGUAGAAGAGAGAUGAAGCAGCUAUGGUGGCCGAAGGAGUGGAAGAUGGAUGGAGUGAUUGGGUCCAAACCCCAAAUCGUGUUGACGUUUAUCGAAAUUAUAUAAUUCCCCUAAAAAUUGAAAAUUGCAUUUAAACUCACCCAUACUAACACGGUGAGAGAGGUAUUAAUUUUUUGAGAUGGAAAAGACGAUUUUAUCCAACUUCUUCUUCGUCUUGAAGAGAUACUUUUCACCCUUCGACCUUCUUGGAGGAUUUAGAGGAUUUCUGUUAGUGGGUAACAUUUACCGUCUUCAAAUGUGAUAAGGAAGCAGCCAUGAAAGAUCCUUUCCAACAAUCGCCGACUUUAAAUCGAAGGUUCGGAUCCAUUUUCCCAUUUCAGCUGAAACGAAUUUUUGAGACGUUGCCAAACGCUGCGUCAACCACUCCAAUGCAACCUAUCCUGAUCUGUCAUUUUAUUUUUAGCGCCAAACAUGGAAGCACUGUCACUCACCUGCAGUCUUCACUCUUCGCACUGAGAUCGCCGGCGACAAUAAUGAAUAAACCAACCGAGAAUCCAUGAUUACUACUGCUAUCGCCGGCGUUGAAGACGUCUCAGUGGACAGAGAACCCUAGUUUCUCUCCUGCAAUGGAUCUCUUACGUUUUUCUUCUCCUCGAUUCUCAACUGGUGAAUUAUUUAAUCCUCGUUGCUCCUCCACAUCUCGUUGUCACUCCCAUCGAUUUUUUACUCUCAGAUCAAGCUUACCGUUUCCGCCGGAAAACGCGAAGUACCACAGAGAACUCGAAGCUGCAGUAAAUGUCGUGGAGAAAUCUUGCCGUAUUUGUGUUGAUGUACAGAAGUCCUUGUUUGGAAGCAGUGGACGAAUUCUUGAAAAAAUCGAUCAAACGCCAGUCACAGUGGCCGAUUUUGGGGUGCAAGCCCUUAUUAGCUUAGAGCUUGGUAGAAUGUUUCCGUCGAUCCCAUUGGUGGCCGAAGAGGACUCAUCAUUCUUACGUUCAACUCCUCUUUCGCAAGCUGUAGUAAGUGCUGUAAUUGAUAAAGCAAGUCUUGGAGAUGAAUCAUUAAGUGAAAGUGUUGUCUUGGAAGCUAUUGAUAGAGGUGGAAAGGACGCAUUUGCUUUUGGGACAAAGCCUGCUACUUAUUGGCUACUUGAUCCAAUUGAUGGAACUAAGGGCUUUCUGAAAGGUGGUGAGGCCUUAUAUGUGGUAGGUCUGGCUCUUGUAGUUGAAGGGGAAAUCGUGUUAGGGGUCAUGGGCUGCCCCAAUUGGGAAGGAGAAUUUUCCAAACAAUUAACUGCCAAAGGUUGCGCAGAUAGAACUAUUCUAUCGGGAUCAGGGAUUAUUAUGGUUGCACAUAUUGGUUGUGGAACAUGGACAAAGCGGUUAUCAGAUAUGCUGGGUGGUGGGGCUGACGUGCAUAAUGAUUGGGUCAGAUGCUUUGUGGAUAAAUGUCGCUUGGUUCAUGAGGCACGCUUUUGCAUUUCUGAUAGUCAAAAUUGGGAAUCAUUGCCGCUAUCCAGUUUGUUCAGCUCGACAAAUAAUGCUGUUAGUAUUGGGGAUAGACAAAUUCUCCUUUUACCAACAUGUUGUGGAAGGUUAAGUUCUUCAUCCUUUCACUAUAUUUGUUCCUAUCAGUUACUCCUCCAUACCAACUGAAAUAUUUAUCUUCUCUUUUGUGAGA